UUUUUUCCUAUUCCUUUUCUUUCUCAUUUUCUCUCGUACCAAACAUAGUGCAAAGGUCGAAGAAGAGGAGAACUCUUCAAUACAGCACAUUCCUCUUGAAUCUUGAUUGCAAACAUGUUGUCAUCGUUCUCAUCCUCACCAAUCAAACUGAGGUAUGCUAUUCAAAUCCCAAAGCGCUCUCCUUAUUCUGUUCCGCACUCUGCUCUCCGUCUUUGCUUCCUUUCAACUUCAUCCCUACACUCUCACUCUCAGCCCCAAUCACUUGAUGAAGCUGUUGAUUACUUCACUCGCAUGCUCUCUAUGCGUCGUAUUCCUCCCAUCAUCCAGUUUAACAAGAUUUUGGGAUCCCUUUCCAAGACGAAGCAUUUCCACGCCGCCGUUUCCCUUUUUCAGCAAUUGCAAGCCAGAGGAAUCGCUCCCGACUUAUUUACUUUAAACAUCUUAAUCAAUUGUUGUUGCGGCAUGGCUUAUAUGACGCUUGCUUUCUCUGUAUUGGGCAAGAUUUUCAGAAUGGAUUAUCAACCUAAUACGGUAACAUUGACAACAAUCCUGAAAGGUCUCUGUUUCUGUGGUAAUGUUGAAAAAGCUGUGCGCUUUCAUGACAGACUGCUGGCUCAUGGAUUUCACUUUAAUCAAGUCACUUAUGGGACCUUGAUCAAUGGCCUCUGUAAGUCCGGACACACAUCAGCUGCUAUUCAAAUGUUGAGAAAGAUCCCACGGUAUGGCAUUGCUCCUGAUGUCGUCAUGUACAGCGCAAUUAUUGAUAGCCUCUGCAAGGAUACACUUGUAAGUCAGGCUUUUCAUUUAUUUUCUGAAAUGCUUGCUAAGGGAAUUUCUCCCGAUGUUACCACAUACAGUUCUCUCAUUUUUGGAUUGUGUCUUGUGGGUCAAUAUAAGGAAGCCGUUGAUUUACUAAAUCAUAUGAUGCUUAAAAACAUUACUCCUAAUGUUUAUACCUAUAGUACUUUGAUCGAUGGACUAUGCAAGGAAGGAAAGAUCAAAGAUGCUAAGAAUGUGUUGGCUGUGAUGACAAAACAUGGUGUGAAACCAAAUGUGGUUACUUAUAACAGCUUAAUGGACGGAUAUUGUUUGGUUAAUCAGGUAAAUAAGGCAAAAUAUGUAUUCGACACAAUGGGGGAGAGUAGAGCGUUUCCUAAUGUUCGGAGUUACAAUAUCAUGAUUAAUGGCUUUUGUAAGAGUAAAAUGAUCGAUGAUGCCUUGAAUCUCUUCGAAGAAAUGCGUCGCAAGAACUUGGUUCCUGACAUGGUAACUUACAGUACUCUAGUUGAUGGCUUGGGAAAAUCAAGGAGAAUAUCUUGUGCCUUGGAGCUUCUUGAAAAGAUGCAGGAUCGAGGUCAACCUGCUGAUAUAGUCACUUACAGUUCUUUACUGGAUGCUUUGUUCAAUAUCAAACAACAUGACAAGGCACUUAUGUUAUUCAAUCAAAUGAAAGAGAGUGGCAUUGAUCCAGAUAUAUAUACAUACAACAUACUUAUAGAUGGCCUGUGCAAAAGUGGAAGACUUAAAAAUGCAAAAGAGAUUUUUCAAGAUCUUUCCAUUAAAGGCUAUCAUCUAGACGUGAGAACAUACACUGUUAUGAUAAACAGGCUCUGCAAAGAGGGCCUACUUGAUGAAGCAUUGGCCUUAAUGUCUGAAAUGGAAGACCAUGGUUGCUCUCCGAAUGCUGUAACUUAUGAAACAACUAUUCGUGCUCUGUUGGAAAAAGGUGAAAAUGAUCAAGCUCUGAAACAUCUUCGUGAAAUGAUUGCUAGAGGCUUAUGGAAAAGUCCCUAACAUACACUGUUAUGAUCAAAGGGCUCUGCAAAGAGAGCUUGUUUGAAGAAGCAUUGGCCCUGUUGUCGGAAAUGGAAGACAAUGAUUGCUUACCAAAUAUUGUGACUUUUGAAACUGUUAUUCGUGCUUUGUUUGAAAAAGAUGAGAAUGACAUGGCAAAGAAACUUCUUUGGUGAUUGCUAGAGGCUUAUUGGAUGGUUUGAAGAAGCAUUGGCAUUCUUGUCAAAAAUGGAAGACAAUGAUAAAGCAGAGAAACUUUGUGGUAAAAAGAUAUCUAGAGGCCUACUGCAAGG